GUCGGUUUAUCCAUGGUAGAGCAAGUGUAAAUUAAACAAUUUGAGGUUAUGUCAGGACUAUCUGUCAAGUGCAAGGACGACUACUAUAAAUAGUUAAUUACGAAUUUAAAUAAACAUUUACAAGGAAACAAUUAUUUAAAUACAAUUAAAUAUAAAUAUUGUUCAGCAUCUUACAACAAUAACAUUGUUUCAUUUCUAAUAAUUAAGAAAACUUCUUUCAAAAUUCGAAUUAAAGAUUUCUUCAUUAUCGGCAAGAAAAGCAUGAGCUUUAAAUCAAACAUAACAUAACCUCAAAAUAAAAUCAACAUACAUUCACGAUGUCUGACAACGAAGGAACAAGUUCUGAAUCGGAGCAUUCAGAAAAUGAAGUUAUGCAAGAAGCCAGCGAAAACGAAUCCGAAACUAAGGAUAGAGAAAAGAUAAAAGAGGAAUUGUCAACAAUGAGCUUUGCAGAUUUGCUGAAGCUGAAAGAGGAGAUGGGAUCAAAGUUAUACAAUAAAACGAUUUUUGAAGGUGGUUCAGGAAGAAAGAAGAAAACUUUCAGUAGAGGAAACAAGAAUCGACCCUCAGAGAUGAGCUCAAAAAUUAAACCAAGAUCUAAACCAGUCACAGCUAAAGCCAAAGAUGUGACUUUUAGAGAUCCAAGAUUUGAUCCACUGUGUGGAGAGUUUAACAAGGAACACUUUAAGAGCAAUUAUGAAUUUGUUAAUGAAAUUAAGAAAAAUGAAAAAGAUACACUGGUGAAGGAGUUAGAAGACACUGAAGAUCCUAAAAGAAGAAAAACAAUCAAAUUAUUAAUUGAGAGAUUGGAUAACCAAGUGAGAGCAAGGGAACAUGAAAAUAGAGAAAAGGAAAAAUUGUGGCAACAAAAAUUAGAAAAUCAAGAUAAAAUACAAAAAGGAGAGAAACCAAUCUACAAAAAGAAAUCUGAAAAACGCGUUGAAAGUUUAGUUGAGAAAUAUGAAAACUUGAAGAAGACAAAUAAGCUCCAGAAACAUAUUGAGAAGAAAACUAAGAAGCAAUUAUCAAAAGAUAGAAAAAAUAUGAAUAUGAAUGUUAACAUGUAAUUUUUGUUUAAAUUAAAUUUAU